AUGAGCUUACAACUACUCUACGGGGCUGCCCUCCUCGGCGCCUCUGUCCAGGCAUUCGCGUUUCUCCCGCAACCAACAGAUCCUUUUCAAGCCCUCCCACUCGAGAACGGCUGGACUCCAAGGCCGACACCAGCACCAGAAGGCCAAGGACUUUUCAAGCGUCAGAUAAGCCUGCCCGAGAGCUAUCUCAUAGCCCCUGAUAAUACCUGCGGCUUCAUCAAUGGCAAUUCAAUCGACGUCGACCACUACCAAGAAAUCGUCGACUUCACUUCCGAGUCAUCAUCAACCGAGACCACGUCCGAGACAACGUCGGAGACAUCUGAAGCGACGACCGAAGAGCCCGCCUCCACCACCCCACCCCCGACGGCUGCAACCACGGUCGACUCAGACCGCUCUAGCGCCACCACUGCUUCGACGGAACCCGUGGCCUCGGACGCCCCUUCGGCGCCCAUCGGCGCCAUCGUGGGCGGUGUUCUGGGUGGCAUCGCUCUCAUCGCCCUCGCCAUCUUCGGCGCCAUCUUCCUCCGCCAGCACAAGAAAAAGAGCGCGGCAAUGGCCGAACUGCCGCCGCCCCAGCCCUUCAUGGCCCAGCCGACGUUGCCCAACACUCAACCGCCCGCGGCACCCUACGCGCAAGACUCGGCAUCCGCCCGCAUGUCCGGAUACGCCGCGUCCUCCACCAGCACCCCGGCUCACAUGUACGGCGCCCCCGUAGCCGCGGCCGCAGUAGGCGCCGGCGCCGGCGCAGCAGCAGCAGCAGGUUCCUUCAACUCGUACCACAAUCACCACCCGAGCAACCACACCAGCAACUACCCCGACCACCACGCCAACAACAACUACCACCAAGAUUACCACCACCACGCCAACAGCAUCCACAACACCUACCCCGACCACCAACCUAGCCCGAUGACCACGCCCGGCGGCAGCCCGCAACCGCAAUACGCCCACCAGCCGCACGCCCCACCCCCGCUCCCCGCGCCGUCCUACUACAACAACUCGCCGCGCCACGCCUGGGCAGCCGCCGAGCUUCCCGACCGCCGCUCCACCUCCACCCCCGUGUCCACCUACAACGGCACCAUCCCCGUCAGCCCGGCGUCGGCGCUGGGGCCCAUGCCCGGUGAGCAGCAAAGCAGCAUUCGUGGUGGGGGUGUCAGCGGAGUGCCGUUGAGCUUGCCGUCGGGGAUGGGGUACCGGCCAUAUCGGCCGCCCGGUGCAGCGGCGGCGGGGACGGGGAAUGCUGCCCCGGGCCCGGGUGUGAAUAGGAGUGGUAGUGGGAACGGGAACGGGAAUAGCGGGAUGGUGGUGCCGCGGAAGGCGGUGGGUGGCGGGCCGGCGUCGGCGUCGGCCAUGGUGGCGCAGGCUGUGCAGGUGCAGGGAGGGGCGGCGCGGACGGUGCAGGUGCAGGGACCGGCGCAGAUGCCAGUAUCAACAGCAACUGCAACAGCAACAGGCGCAGAGAGCUGCUGUUGGAGAGAAUCAGCAUCCGCAUCCUCAUCAGCAGACGGUGGCGGUUGA